AUGAUUAAGCGUAAUCUUAAAUGGAGAAUUAAUUCAUAAAGAGAAAAUAGUACAGGCAAACCAAAAUCAAUUAGUAUUGAAUCUUCUCCUAGACAACCAAUAUAUUUAAUACGAAGAGAGGUCAAACCUAAAAAUUCUUAAUUAAAGAGUCCUUUAUCAACUUACACAAAAUAUGUCUUUCGUUCUAAUCAGAUUAGCCCAGUAAGUUCACCAAACACAUCAAAAAUUAUUAAAUUGGAAGAAUAGCAAAUCAAUUUUAACAACAACAAUUGUAAUUAAGAAAGAAAACAUUCAAUUAGUACUCUUUCAACAGAAAAUCGUAGUUUUAAACAUAAAAUAUCUGCAAAUAAUAGACAUUUAUAAACAGAAUCAAUAAAACUCAUAACCCAGCAGUUCACAGAAUAAAAUGUUGAUAUCAUAAUAGAUAAUGAAAUAAAAUAAUAACAAAUUGAUAUUGAAUGUUCAAAUAUUGAUAUGUAACAUAAAAAAAUUUCAUCUAAUUAUUUAUUUAAUGAUAAGAAAAAAAAAUAAUUAAGAUAAAGAAUGCAAUAAUUUUAAUCUAAGGAACAAAGAAGAUCUAGUUAAUUGACAGAUUAAGUAAUGAAAUUAAUCAGAACUAUAAAAUAACCAUCAUAUCGAUAUGAGGCUAAUUAAAGAUCCUCUAGAAUUUGGUUGGAGAAUGCGUGUUUUGAACCAGUGAAACUAUAAGAAAACUAUACAUAUUCUUAAAGUUAAUUUAAGUUUUAUUUUAGUUAAUAUUUUGAUAAGCAUUUAAAAUUCUAUAGGAUACUUGAAAUUAAUAAUGAACUUUUAUAAUUAAUGAAUAAUCAUCAAUAAAUUACAAAAGAUAUUUAAGAUUAACGUAAAGCUGUUUUUCUAGAUAAAAUUUAUAGCAAUACACAAAUAUAACUUUAUAAAACAGAAACAUUGUUUAGAUUUCAAAAUGAAAUAUAAACUUAUGGAAUGUAUAUAUUAUAUUUGAUAUUAGUUAGGAUAGACUUUUUAAAUGAAAAUUCUUAAUUAAGUAUUUCAGUAGAUCAUAAUACUUCUGAAUUAAAUGAUAAAAAUAAUAAAGAGUAAUUAUAAAUUGAUGAAGACGAAGAUUCAGAAUUAUUUAAAUAAGCUAAAACUCAUUCUUUAUCAAAUUUAAUACCUAUUAAGCCAGAAUAAAAUACAAGUCUAAAUAAUUAUUAAUUUUAACUUACAUCUAUUAUUUCAGAAUUAGAUAAAAAUUCUAAAAAUAUAUUAUUAUCAGUUGAUUAUACAAAUAUAGAUUAAUAAAUAUAUAAGGAUAAUAUCAAUUAGAUUGUACCAACUUUUCAGGAAGAAUUUUCAAAUCCUAUAUUUUAUAAAGUUUACACCUAACAUUACAAUAAAAAUUAUAAAGAUAUCCUAAAUGGUAAUUUUUGCAAUUUAAAUCCUAUUGAUGAUCUAGAAUAUGAAGCUCCAGAUCUAUAUGUAAUUGAAAAAGGAACUCUUUAAAAGGAAGAUGGAAUAGAUAAAAAAAAGAUGCUCAAUUCUUUAAGAUAAAAAAAGAAUUGGCAUAGUGGUGUUUUAUAAAAAUAAACUUAACCAAUUGAUACAAUUUCUUCACAUAGAGCUACGAUAUAAGUAUUUUCUAAUAAAUAGAGUUCAGAUAUUGGAGUAGACUCACCUUAACUACCACAAAUAAAUAUUUUAUAAUAAUCUUCAAAUGAAUAAACAAUAAAUAAAAGUAUAAGAAAAUCCAUUCAUUGUAGGAAUGCCUUAUCACCUACAUCUCCAGGUAAUCGAGAUAAUAAAUUUUAAUAAGUAGAUAAUCAAAUAAAAAAUUAAAUUGAUACUUCUUAGGAUUCAGUAGGUGAAAUAAAAAAAAUAACUAUGUCUAAAUCAUAAUAAUAGCUACCAAAACUUAUGUUUGAGUCUAAUUUAACUUAAUCAAAAAUCUUGAAAAAAGAAGAUUCAAAUAAAAAUUUUAAGGAUUUUAAAAUGGUAUCAUCUAUUAAAUCAGAUUUUGUAUACAAUGAUUCUAUGUCAGAUUCAGUUAAUUCAAAUAUGUAAUAAAUAAAUUUAUAAAAUGUAUGGUAUUAUCUAAUUAUAAGAAAGGUGCAAAUCCUUAAAAGAUUAAAUUGGAAACAAUGUUACUCUAUGAUAAAAUGAUGAAAAGAAAUAGAUCUAAAAAAAAGAUUGCUAUAAUUAUGAUUGAACAUGGAUUAUUAAAUUAAUUCUAAGAGUUUAUGGAUGUUCAUAGAAACUUCAAUUUGAAUGGGAUUACUUAGGAUGGAAUUCCUUUAAUUUCUCUUGCAGCUGCAAAUGGUCAUGAAGGUAUUAUUAGACAUAUGUUAAAUUUCAAUGUUAAUUUAAAUUAAAUAGAUGUAAAAUAAAUUUAAUAUUUAAAUAGAAAAAUGGAAAUACACCUCUUCAUUAUGCUAUGCUUCAUAAUAAUUAUGAAAUUGCUGAUCUUCUCUUAUAAAAUGGUGCAAAUCCUUAUAUAAAAAAUUAAGGAAGAUGA